AUGAGUUACAGUGAAACUAGUUCUGUUAGAGACACUGCAGCUGCUACUGCAACUGAAGAUUUUGACAAGAGCAGCAAGCUUAAGGAGCAUAGUGGUAGUGAAGAUGUUCCAUUAAGUUACAACGAACAAUCCAUUCCAAUGGUGGUGAAGUCCACUUCUAAGUCAUUUGGUGUUCGGAGAACAGAAAUUUUGGUUGAGCAAUUCACUCAUCCAGCUUUCAGGAUUUUCUUCCUCUUUAGUGUGUUUAUUUGUGCUUAUAGUUAUUCUUUAGAUGGGACAGUUAGAAGCGUCUACCAGACACAGGCCACUGCUUCUUAUGGACAACAUUCUUUAUUAUCUACGGUUAAUGUCAUUAAGGGUGUUAUUAGUGCUGCAGCUCAACCUACUUACGCAAGAUUGUCAGAUAUUUUUGGUAGACUUGAAAUGUUCAUUUUGGCUAUUAUAUUUUACGCCAUGGGUACUGUGAUUGAAUCACAAGCUUAUGAUAUGUAUAGAUUUGCUGGUGGUACAGUUUUGUACCAAGUUGGAUAUACUGGUGUUAUAUUGGUCUUACAAGUUGUCUUAGCCGAUUUUUCGAACUUGAAUUGGAGAUUGUUAUGCUCACUUGUCCCUGCCAUGCCUUUUAUUAUUAACACAUGGAUUUCGGGUAAUGUUACUGAGGCUUCAUUGGGCACUUAUUCCUGGAACUUCAGUAUAGGUAUGUGGGCGUUUAUCUUCCCAUUGUCUUGUAUUCCAUUUGUUGGUUGUUUAAUUGCUAUGCAAUGGAAAGGUAGUAAGACCCCUGAAUGGAAGCAAAUAAGACAAGAGGAAAAGGAAAUCAAUCAAUGGAAAUCGUGGAAACAGAAUAUGUUUGUUGAUUUAUUUUGGAGGAUUGAUGUGGUUGGGGUUCUUCUCAUCAUCAUUAUCCUUGGAUUUAUAUUAGUUCCAUUAACUUUGGGAGGAGGGCUCAAAGAGAAAUGGCAUGAAGCUUAUGUUAUUGCUCCUUUAGUAAUUGGUUUUGUAAUGAUCGCACCAUUUAUUAUAUGGGAGUAUAAAUUUGCCAAGUUUCCAGUAUUUCCAUUUGUUCUUAUGAAGGAUCGUGGUGUUUGGUCAGCCUUGGUGAUUGCCAUUUUGAUUGAUUUCGUGUGGUAUAUGCCAAAUGAUUAUAUGUAUACUGUCGUAACAGUUGGUAUGAGAGCAAGUAUCAAGGCAGGUACUAGAAUAGUUUCAUUAUACUCGUUUGUCUCGACUAUUGUUGGUGUUCUCUUUGGUCUUUUAAUUGUGCCUUGGGCUAGAAGAGUGAAGCCAUUCAUAAUAUUCGGUGGUUUAUGUUGGAUGGGCUCGAUGGCUAUUCUUUUAGCUUACAGAGGUGGAAGUGAUGGCAUUGAAUCAGAAAAGUACCUUAACGGUGUUAUUGGCGGUUUGUGUUUCAUGGGUUUUGGUGCUGGGUUAUUUACUUAUCCUACCCAAGUUUCUAUUACAACUUGUACAAAUCAUGAACAUAUGGCCAUUGUUAUCUCAUUAUACUUGUCUUUCUACAAUAUUGGUUUAAGUAUCGGUUCAUGUGUUAGUGGAGCUGUAUGGACCAAUACAGCCUUCAAAUAUCUUACAGACAAGUUUCAAGAAGCUGGUCUUGACUCAUCAUAUGCUACUCAGGCAUAUGAAGACCCCUUUACUUUUGUCGCAGGCUUUAAAUGGGGCUCUCCAGAAAGAAUUGCUGUUGCACUAGCAUAUGCACAAACGCAAAGACUUUUGUGUAUCGUUGGUUUAGUUUUAACUUUUGUCUUGAUUGCAUUUUCAUUCUUAUUAAGAGACCAUAAAUUAGAAAGUGUUCAAUCAUUAGAGUUAACUCACGAAGAGGGAAUCAAAGCAGAAGAUGGUGAGGUUGUUGUCAAUGAUUAUGAUAGAGAUCUUGUUUUCACUAAGCUUAAAUCUUUGUUCAAGCGCAGAGAGAAAUGA